AUGCUCCGGCUUUCGCCAGAAACUUACUUGACGUCCGUGGGUUCCAUAGCAACCAUUAAGGCUUUGUAUAAAAAAACCUCCUACCUCGCACCCACCUACCCACGUACGUGGGACAUGAUGCAGUCUUUGAAGGGUUCAUGUGUGACUUCCGAACCACUUAUAAAUUCUGAUCAACCCUUUCAACAACCCACGACUAAGAAACAUGUAGAGACCUUUGUACAUGUACACACAUGUACAACAAAUGAUGCAAAGAUGGAUAUACUGGAAAAAAUCUACAAGAAUGUUCAUGUGCUUAAGGACUACCUUAACGUUAAGCUCUCUGAUGGUGCCAUUAAAGAUGCUUUGAUUCAACAUGGAGAUAAUCCAAGGUAUAAAAAUAUGUUUAAGAACACAAUAGUGGCUUACAACAUUGACAAUGUCAAGUCCAAUCCACACCAUAGUCAGCAUACCAAUCUGAAUGAUGUUCUUAUGAGAGUAAUACAGAAACUCUGCAGCAAGGGUCCCUCUGAUGCCAACAUCAUUUCACAUGGAUAUAGGCUGGUUCAAUCCAGUUCAGAUCUCAUAGAAUGUGGGACUCCACUGAUGAGUACAUACCCCAAUUCUCAAGUGUCCAUUCUGCUGUCAAAACCUUGGACAACGCUACAUGAGAGGAUUGGCGACCAAGUUAUGGGAGAUAUCCUUGAAACAGUCAGUAUAUUUUAUAGAGUUGCUCCCAAGGCUUACAUACAACUAACAGGGUUUCCCAUUCAUGAGUUGGUACAUGUAGGAUCAAGGGUUAGAAACCAUAACUGGAACAAAGGAAAGAAUGAAAGUGUAAGGAAGACAACGAAGAUGGCUAAAAAGAAAACUGCUCCUAUCAAAAGAAAAAGAAUAGACUCAACUGAGGGAAAAUCCUUUAAACAAAACUCAAAGAGAAGAAAAUUUGAUUGUGAUCAAAUACUACCUAAUCAUGAACAAACACUACCCUAUUGUGUCCAAACAUUAUCUAAAGGUGAACAAAUGCUACAUGUUGGGCAAACACAGUCUAAUUGUGAAGAAACACUACAUGAUUGUGACAAAUCCCUACAUGGUGGCAAAGCACCACCUAAUUGUGACAUAUCCCUACAUGGUAGCCAACAAAUGCUAUGUGGUGGCCAAACACUACCCAGUUGUGACAAAUCACUACCUAAUUGUGACAAAUCACUACCUAAUUGUGACAAAUCCCUACAUAGUGGCCAAGCACUACCUAAUUGUGACAAAUCCCUACAUGGUAGCCAACAAAUGCUAUGUGGUGGCCAAACACUACCCAGUUGUGACAAAUCACUACCUAAUUGUGACAAAUCACUACCUAAUUGUGACAAAUCCCUACAUAGUGGCCAAGCACUACCUAAUUGUGACAAAUCCCUACAUGUUAGCCAACAAAUGCCAUGUGGUGGCCAAACACUUCUCAGUUGUGACAAAUCACUACCUAAUUGUGACAAAUCACUACCUAAUUGUGACAAAUCACUACCUAAUCCCCCUAAGAGAAGAAGGAAGAGGACCAAGAAGAAGAAUGUAUUCAAGGACAUUCCUGGUUCACCAUACAGUUAUCAUCAGGAUCUGCAAAGAUCAAGUCUUUUUCACACAAAAUGCUUGAGGGAAAAUCUCCCUAAUAACUAUGCCAUGACUAAGUCAGACAAUGGUCGGGAAUUGUUGGACUUUAUCAUGCAGGCACACAUUGGUAGUACCCUUUUAGGAGGCAACAUAGAGGAGCUCUCCACCUCCCCUAUUAAAUCCCCUGAUUUCAUCAGCCUUGAAGAGAUUCUUGAUGACGCACUAAAGUUGCACAGGUGCUGUAGAUACAGGGCCCUGUUGGAGCAUUUCUGCCCCAGUAAGCAAUGGCGGAAUGGAAAACCAGGGAAAGUUGAGCAACUUCUUCAGUAUCAUACCUCCCAGCAACAGGUCUAUCUCUACUUGCGGACAAUAGUGAUGAAUAUAAUACCACUGAGGCUUUUUGGCUGUACCUCCAAUAGAAAUAUGUUCAUCAAAAAUGUGAGACAACUCAUUCAACUUGGUCGCUAUGAGAAACUCUGCCUGGGCCAGCUGAUGAACCAUAUGCAGGUGACUAAGGUAUUGUGGCUUUCGAGGGUGGCUGCUCACAAGAGGAAGGAAGAAUACAUGGGGAAAGUCCUGACAUGGCUUAUGGAACAGUUUAUAUUUCCUGUACUGAGGGGUUUCUUUUAUAUCACAGAGAGCAGUGCUUACAAAAACAGAGUAUUUUACUUCAGAAAGUCACUAUGGAAACUUAUGAGGGCAAUCACUAUUAAAAGAUUUAAAAAGAAUGGUUUACUGAAAAGUUUGGAAAAAGUUGAGGUGGAAAAGAUGUUGGGGUCAGGAGAAACUCUUGGAGUUUCCCCCUUGAGGUUUGUGCCAAAACUUAGCUCCCUCAGACCUAUCGCUAACAUGAGGUCUCGCUACAGAUCAGCAACAAUGAAACAGGGAAAUUCUGUUAAUGAAAAGCUAUCAGAUCUUCUGCUAUUGUUGCAUUACAUCAAGAGAUCAAAUCCAAUUGUAUUUGGCAGUGGUGUAUUUGGCUUAGAUGACAUCUACAGAGCCUGGGUAGAGUUCCUUAGCAACAGACAACAAAACCAUGACAACAGAACUUUAUACUUUGUUGCCAUGGAUAUAAUGGAUUGCUAUGACACCAUCUACCAGAAGAAACUGUUGGGUAUUCUAUCCCAGAUUCUACUCAAGAUGGGGUCUGAGUUCAUUAUACGUAGUUACUUCACAAUCACCACGAAGGCCCAAAAGACAUUGAAGGAGACCAUCACACCACUCACAGGGUUCAAACCAUUCCCAAAGUUUGUGAAGCACCAGGUCCAACAUGAAAAACUGAAAAAUGAUGUCAUAUUUUGUGACAAGGUUAUUUACAGACAUGUGUCAAGAGAUGAGUUGUUGUACACACUGCAGUGCCAUCUGUCAUGCAAUACACUUCAGAUCGGGAGGCAAUACUACAAUCAGCAAUGUGGAAUCAGCCAAGGUUCAAUUAUCUCUACACUGUUAUGUAACAUCUAUUACGCUCACAUGGAACAGAGCCACCUAUCAGUUGGCCCAGGAGAGCUGUUGCUUCGGCAGGUGGAUGACUUCUUAUACGUCACUCCUGAAUUGUCUAAAGCGCAACAAUUCCUUGACUCAAUGACUAAAGGAUUUGCUGAUUACAAUUGUUAUAUGAACUCUGCUAAGACUUCUACUAACAUCGGCUCAGUCAGAGGACACAUAUCUUGGUGUGGCUUAAAUCUGAACACAGAAAGUCUUGAAGUCACAAUUGAUUUUACAAGAUACAACAAUGUCUCAUUGUCUGACACAAUCACAGUUGACCUCUCAAACAAGCCUGGGGAAAGUUUAAAGAGAAAGCUGCUUUUUGGAAUGAAGACCAGGUGCCACAUGUUGCUGUUAGAUCAGCGGGUGAACUCACUGAGGACUGGUCUGCAGACUAUCUACCAUAUAUUCACCCUGACUGCCUGUAAGUUUCACUUCUACAUAAUGAAGCUCCCUGCCAAAUUGCGGGCACAGAACAAUCCACAAUAUUUUGCAGGUGUUAUAAAGAGCUGUGGGAUUAACUGUUACAGACACAUUCAGACACUAAGGAAACAUAAAUAUCCAAGUGCAGUUGUGAACAUUCCUGAACAAGGAAUUGUGUACAUGUCCUACAAAGCCUUUCUGAUACGGCUUGGAUCUCACAAUGGCUGCUAUGCAACAACCUUUGACUUACUAAGGGCUGAACUCCCAAGGCUAUUGAAAAAGUGCACCCAGGCACCUGAACUUCUACUGCUCCUCAAUGAAGUAGUACAUUCUGAUAUCCCAGAGACCCUCAAGCAAAUGAUAUGACUAUGGGCAAAAACAUCUCUAAAAUUUCAACAUGGAAUGUCUAUUCAUGGAUACUCAGACUAUUCACAAAUAGUUGAACUGU